AUGAAUAUUGUUUGGCGAUUUAUUCUCAAUAUCUUGGCUUUUAUGAUGGUAGCUGGUGAUAUACCUUUCGAUAAGAUUGAUAAAUCCGUCAAGAUUCAUAAGUACUCGUUGUAUCGGGUGCACAAAUGGAAAGAAAAUAACUUUCAAAAUGCCCCAUCCGAACUUUCUACCCGAAUAGACAGAAUGCGCGGCUUUCCAGACAUUGGUUAUGCUAUCCAUAUUACUGUUGGCACUCCAGGACAACAAUUUAACGCCCUUGUCGAUACAGGUAGUAGCAAUUUCGCCAUAGCAGCAUCUCCUAAUGCUGGUGUUCCUUCCUACUAUCAUUCUCGCAGAUCGUCAACAUUUCAAAAUAGAUCUCAGCAAGUUACAGUCCAGUAUGGAAAAGGAACUUGGACUGGUGACCUCAUGUCUGAUAUUGUCCAUCUAGACGUUGGAUUUAAUCGUGCUAUACGACAAGAUUUUUCAGGGACUCCGACUAAAACCUUCUUUGAUCAAUUAGUCGAUAAAACUGGAAUUGCCAAUAUCUUUUCCUUGACAUUAUAUGGUCCAGUUCUAAGCAAAGGGUUAUCUUGGACUUCAAAGGAUAGUAACUAUGGCGGUGAAAUGACUUUUGGUGGCAUUGAUCGUACACUGUUUUUAGGUCAUGUUUACUACACACCAGUUAUCAAGAAAUGGUAUUAUGAAGUCAAGCUAUUAAAUAUAUCUGUGGAUGGAAAACCAAUAACAAUGUGUUGUCAUGGGUAUGAAAAAUAUGUCACCUUUGUCGAUAGUGGAACUACUGAGAUUGUCGUUCCACCUGCUGUUUUCCGGACCAUAGUUCACAGUCUUCAGAAAUUCAUUCAAGCACCAAAACUAUUCUGGGAAGGAAGAGAAGUAAUAUGUCCAGCUGGAUUAGGAAUUGCUUGGUCAUCACUACCUAUUAUAGAAUUUACUUUACCCUUAGCUGGAGUAGAUGGAGUGUUGGCUUACGAGUCUAGCCGUUUUAAUUUAGCUAUUUCCCCUCAGCAAUACAUACGUCUGUCGGAGACAGUUCGCAACUUGGGCUUUCCAUGUUAUACUUUUUCUAUUUCCCCUUCCUCUAAUGAUGCCCCGGUUAUAAUAUUGGGCGAUGCACUUAUGGAAGGUUAUACCGUCGUUUUUGAUAGAAUAAAUAAUCAAGUUGGUUUUGCAGUAUCUCGUUUUGCAGCUAAGAAUUUAACAGUCAGUCCAGGGAUUAAUAGGCUAGAAAGGGUUAAAAAUGGUAGCCUUAAUAUUCAAAAUAUUUCCUCAUCGUCGGAAGAUAGCGUGGCUAUUGUAUCUGUGGUUUUGGCCAGCAUUAGUUUAUUUAUGACUUGUAUUAGUAUUGGCGUCAUGACUUGCAUCUACUUUAAUCAUCAUCGAAAUAAAAGCAGUAAUGACUACCCCUAUCGUCAAGUAAGUUCUCCUCACCAUCCACCAGCCUACUCUAACGCAGAAGAGCAAUAUGGUAGCCGUGAUAAUUCACUUGCUGAUAAUGGUCCUACAGAAUCAGAUUAG